AUGGCAUGGUUAUAUAAAUAUUCAGCUUCAUCUUCCACAUCUUCAUCCAAAAAUACACCUCAAGAAAAUCACGAAGUGUUCAUUACUUUUAAAAGUGAGGACACAGGCAAAACUUUCACAAGCCAUCUUAACGGUGCUUUGAAAAGAUUAAAUAUUAAAACUUACAUAGGCAACAAUCUUACAAGCGGUGAUGAAAUACCGACUUCUCUUGUAAAGGUCAUCGAAGAAGCCAAGCUUUCCAUUGUUGUUUUUUCAAAAAACUACGCGGAGUCGAAAAGGUGUUUGAAAGAACUUAUGAAAAUACUCGAAUGUAACCAGACGAGUGGGCAAAUUGUAGUGCCGGUUUUCUUUGAUGUGGAUGAUUCUAAUGUAAGGAGUCAGACUGGAAGCUAUGAUGAGGCUUUCGUUAAGCAUGAGAAGAACUUUGAGGAGAAGAAGAAGGUGCAAGAAUGGAAGAAAGGUUUGACAGAAGCUGCUAAUUUUCCUGGUUGGGAUUGCAAUGUCAACAGAACAGAAUUGGAAUUAGUUGAAGAAAUUGCUAUGGAUGUUCUAAGAAAGGUGGAUGGAGUAAAUGUCAGUCACCUAGAUUAUGAGAUUAAUCAGUUAGACAAUCUUGCAAGGCUCCAAUAUCAAUUCUAUGAAAGUAUACCUACACUUGAAAAUCUGAACAUGUAUAAUGCCACAGUUCGACGUAUUACAGAGAUUAAAAUGGACAGAAGUGUUCGUUUACUUCGAUUGACACCUGAUUUGCUUUCACAUUUAGAGUGCUUUUCAAACAACAAUAAUAGGUCUCCAUUUUAAAGUGAUUAAUGCAUUUGUUUUAUGAAGAUUCAAUUGUUUGUUAUUAUAUCCGGAGUUUUAAUUUGAUGAGAUUUCUUCAUAAAUUGUUGUUUGUUAUUAUAUGCGGAGUUUUAAUUUGAUGAGUAUGUUUGAUUAGAUUUCUUAAUAA